AUGCCGGAGGAUCCGGAGUCCUUCAUGAUGCGAUGGCUCCGCCAACGUGCUCCAAGUCAUCAGAGCGACAGCAUCUCCCUGCGAGAGCGCAACCGAGCCCUCAAGGAGGAGCUCUCUGCCCUGCAGGGUGAACGGGUGACUUGCGACGCAAAGGCGCCGCUGGUCUCCGAAGUGGGCACGUUGCGUGCCGAGACGGCGGCAGAUCUGACGACAUCUUUGGAGGCCAUGCAGGUGCGCCUUGUGGAGCAAGUUGAGGAGAAGGUGGGGCGCUUGGGCGAGCAGUUGGAAGCGCGGAUGCUGGAAGUUCUGAGCUCCAAAGUUGAGGAACUGGCAGCCAGCCUUCGCACCGCCGGAGCCGCCAGCACCAAGCAGGCCCUGGGCACGGGGUCCGAGCCUGCCAGCCAGGGGACAGAUCCCAAGACGGAGCAUGCGCCGAAGCUGUCCCUCCGUGAGAAGUUCGGCCUCGCGGACUCCAAGUACGACGGGAACAUCGUGCUCCUGGAUCGAGAAGACGGUGCAGCAGCCAAGUACGCGAAGGCGCUGGAGAUCUCCGGAGGGCAGGAAAAGCUCAGGAGCUUUCGGCAACUCAGUAAAGAGCUGCAGAGGAAGCACGGGUUGGGCGAGGAGCAGGAAGGUCUCAUUCCCGCCGGCGAGCGUGCAGCACGAAGCGUCAAGGUAAAUUUCCAGCCCUUCUUUCCAACGCUGGAUGAGCUCUUUGAGUUUGCGCACAAGCACAUGCACCACUUCUUCGACCUUGUCGGCAGGGUCGCGACAGAGACCAAUGGUACCUGUGCAAACCCCCCAUUGAAAGGCAAGGAACGCUGCGAGUCAAAGGCAAGGUUUAAGUACAUGGACAGCGCCGGUAACGUCGAAUGGCACAGACUUACUGACAUCGUUCGAGACACGCUCAGCUACGAGAGCCUGGAAGAUAUGUACCAUGGACUGAAGCUGAUCGAUGAGGACGAGAGCGUUGAAAUUGUGGAGUUCAACGACCGGUAUCAAACUCCAUUGGAUGGGGGAUACCGCGACCUCCAGCUCACACUUCGAGUGCAAGGUAAGUUGGUCUGCGAGCUGCAACUUACAACAAAGUACAUGCUCUUCAUUAAGGAGUCGAGUGGGCACAGGGUGUUCGAGAUCAAGCGACAGCUCAUUGCCGAUGUGGCUGCCAACAGCGACCUGGAGUGUCGCAAAACACUCAAAUGGGCUGGAAAGGAUGCAGAGGCUGUGCUGAAGGAGAAGAAGAGGCCUUUGCUUCACAAAGCGGCUUCGCAGGGCAACUCCGGAAUGGUGCAGCUUUUCAUUCAGCACGGUGCGGAUGUAGACCUCGAGGAGGAGACUACUCAGCGCACGGCCCUGCACGAGGCCCUUUCUUUCCCUGGCAGCAAAACAGUGCAGGAAAGUCGUCAGUACAGGACUCUUGGCGAGGCAGCUGACAAGCAGGCGAUGGGCCAGGGCCAUGCCUGUGCUGCGUGGGCGCUGAUCUCGGCGGGUGCUCGGCAAGACGUCCAGGAUGCAGACGGGCACACGCCCCUCUUGCUCGGACUCCUGCGCCAGCGCGUGUACCCCGAGAGCGAGGCUGUAGCGAGGUGCGUCUCCAUGUUGUCGCAGAGAUUGGGCCUUGAGGAGCUGCGGCGUGCCAAGGAGGAGUUCAGCGAGGUGGUGCAACAUCGCCUGAAGAACAGCUCGGAGCUCGUCAGCGCGGCCUACGACGAUAAUGUGCAGAAGGUCGUGGAGCACUUGCGCAAUUGGGCGAACCCAAACAGCGCCACGAACGAUGGGAAGCACGCGCUCCACCGAGCGCUGGCUCAGGGGCACACUGCCGUGGCCAGGCAGCUCCUCACGUACAAGGCUGACAUUCGGACAAAGUUUCAGGAAUUGGUCGCGGACAUUGGGUUGAAGGAGAACGACAAGACCGCCUGGGACGUCGCCUUAGAAGUUGCAGUGGAGAAGCCCGGGUCUCUGGAGCUCUUGGUCGACCUGCACGAGCAGUACAAGGACUUCAAAAACGAUGAGGGCUUGACGUUCCUGAUGUUGGCGGCAAAGCAUGGCAAUGCAGCCCACAUCAAACGGUUCCUCGACAAAGGCAUGGAGAAGGAUGCCAGAUGCGUCGAUGGCAGCACGGCGCUGAUGCUUGCAGCGAGGGAGGGCAAGACGGAGUCCCUCGGAGUGCUCCUGGACGGGGAAGCCGAGAAGGACUGCCAAGACAACGACGGCUACACGGCUCUGAUGUUCGCUGCUGGCUCCGGCCACCUGGAGUGCGUCAAGGAGCUCUUGGAUAGAGACGUGGAGAAGGACUGCCAGAACAGCGAGGGCCGGGGCCUUGGUCCCAUGCUGCAGCACAGUCUGUCGCAGUCUGUCACCACAAAACGUACAGCUCAAGGGAUGAAUCCUUCCGGAAAGCCUGUCACAUGGCCAGGCCACACUGCGCUGAUGCUCGCCAUGCACGGUGGCCAUGAGGGGUGCUUGAAGCUGCUCCUUGACAGGGGCGCAAAAGGCGCUGUGCGGUACACGGACACGGAUGGUGACCAGAUCGCCUUUGUGGUGAACGCUUUGGGUGGCCUGGACUAUGAAGUGAAUGGCCGACCGAAAGUUCGAGGCCUGACGUCUUUGUAUUUGAGCGGUUGCACCCUCCACCUCGAUGGAACCAGUGCCGGUUCUUGGCUAUCACACAGGCGCACAGGACUCCCCGCAUCUCAAAUUGCAGUGGCAAAGCAAGCCUUGGAUCUGUUCCAAGCAUGCACCCAUGCUUCCGACAGCGCCAGGGCUCAGACCCGUAAGCUUUGGACUUCGUGGAUACCGGGCGCAUAG